CUCGUAAAUCCCUAAAAAUGUCCUAAACUAAAAAACUUCGCCCCAGUCUCUUCUCUCUCUCUCUCUCUCGCACUACAUCGCCCUUUCCGAUUUCCUCCCCCCUCUUCCUUGUCUGGUUGCCGAUCUGAGGCGAGCAACCAGCGAUUCGAAACCCUAACCAUUGUCCGUGACGCUAUCCAUGGCGGCGCAGUCAGUUAACAACCUCUACGAGACGGCUUCGCAGCCGGACACCGGCGGCGACGCCUACACUUUCCUCGAGUUCAACACCCAGGACGACUUCGACGAGUACCCGGAGUUCCAAGAGCUCUCGCAGCCUUCCCGAUCACCCGCUUGGCCGCAUCCCUCCCCGCAGCCCGAGCCCGCGCCGGAGUCCCCCGCCUCCGAUCUGCAGGCUUCUGAGCCCGCCCUAUCGCCUUCCGUCUCGACGCCCCACAGCGCUCCUUCCUCGUCCUCCAAGGGCAGGGGUGCCGCUGGCGGCCAGACGACUGCCCCGGCGGUUGAUACCCUAGCGGCUGGGAUGGGCGCGCUCAACUUCGAGGAGACUGGAGAUGAGGGUUACGAGUUUGGCAAGGGGAAUUUUACGGAGCACGCGUGCAAGUAUUGUGGGGUGCAGAAUCCGGCGUGUGUCGUGAGGUGCAACAUUCCGACGUGCAGGAAGUGGUUCUGCAACUCGAGGGGGAACACCUCGGGCUCUCAUAUCGUGAACCAUCUGGUGCGAGCAAAGCACAAGGAAGUUUGUCUCCACAAGGACAGUCCCUUGGGAGAAACUAUUCUUGAAUGCUAUAAUUGUGGUUGCCGGAAUGUUUUUCUUCUUGGAUUUAUUUCUGCUACAACGGAAAGUGUUGUUGUUCUCUUGUGCAGAGAACCAUGUUUGAAUGUCAAUGCAUUAAAGGACAUGAAUUGGGAUCUUAGUCAGUGGUGUCCCCUUAUAGAUGAUAGAUGUUUUCUACCAUGGCUCGUUAAGGUGCCUUCAGAACAGGAACAACUGAGAGCACGCCAAAUAAGUGCUCAACAAAUUAACAAACUUGAAGAGCUAUGGAAGACAAACCCUGAUGCUUCUUUAGAAGAUCUUGAGAAACCUGGAGUUGAUGAUGAGCCGCAGCCUGUUUCAUUGAAGUAUGAAGAUGCAUACCAGUACCAAAAUGUAUUUGCUCCACUGAUAAAGCUUGAAGCUGACUAUGAUAAGAUGAUGAAAGAAUCACAAAGCAAAGACAAUGUUAGCGUACGCUGGGAUGUUGGCCUUAAUAAGAAGCGUGUAGCCUACUUUGUCUUUCCUAAGGAAGAUAAUGAACUCAGGCUUGUUCCUGGAGAUGAGUUACGUCUGCGGUACUCUGGUGACACAGCUCAUCCUGCGUGGCAAUCUGUUGGACAUGUGAUUAAGCUAACUGCCCAAGAAGAGGUUGCACUUGAACUUCGUGCGAGCCAGGGAGUCCCUGUUGAUUUGAGUCAUGGCUUUAGUGUGGACUUUGUCUGGAAAAGUACUAGCUUUGACCGAAUGCAAGGAGCUAUGAAGACUUUUGCAGUGGAUGAGACAAGUGUCAGUGGAUACAUAUAUCAUCACCUUUUGGGUCAUGAAGUUGAACAACAAAUAGUUCGAAAUACUCUACCUCGACGGUUUGGUGCUCCUGGGCUUCCUGAAUUAAAUGCAUCCCAGGUUUUUGCCGUUAAGAGUGUCCUUCAGAAACCAAUAAGUUUGAUACAGGGCCCACCUGGUACAGGAAAGACUGUUACUUCUGCAGCAAUUGUAUAUCAUAUGGCUAAACAAGGACAAGGACAGGUCUUAGUAUGUGCUCCAAGUAAUGUGGCUGUUGACCAACUGGCAGAUAAGAUAAGUUCCACGGGUUUGAAGGUUGUCAGGCUUUGUGCUAAAUCAAGAGAAGCAGUCAUGUCUCCUGUUGAGCAUCUGACACUUCACUACCAGGUCCGACACCUUGAUACAUCUGAAAAAAGUGAACUUCAUAAGCUGCAGUUGCUAAAGGAUGAACAAGGUGAAUUAUCAAGCAGUGAUGAAAAAAAAUUUAAGGCACUAAAACGGGCUACUGAAAGGGAGAUAUUGCAAAGUGCUGAUGUUAUCUGUUGUACAUGUGUUGGAGCUGGAGAUCCCCGCCUUGACAAUUUCAGAUUCCGCCAGGUUCUUAUUGAUGAAUCUACACAGGCAACGGAGCCUGAGUGUCUUAUUCCAUUAGUUUUAGGCGUCAAACAGGUUAUUCUUGUUGGAGAUCAUUGCCAGCUUGGUCCAGUUAUCAUGUGUAAGAAGGCAGCCCGUGCUGGGUUAGCACAAUCACUCUUUGAGCGGCUUGUUCUUCUUGGACAUAAACCAUUUAGGUUACAGGUCCAAUACAGAAUGCACCCUUGCCUCUCUGAAUUCCCUUCUAACAGCUUCUAUGAAGGCACACUUCAGAAUGGAGUGACAAUCAAUGAGAGGCAAUCAACUGGGAUCGAUUUUCCUUGGCCUGUUCCCAACCGCCCCAUGUUCUUCUAUGUGCAGAUGGGACAAGAAGAAAUUAGUGCCAGUGGAACAUCUUAUCUCAAUAGAACUGAGGCUGCAAAUGUAGAGAAAAUAGUCACUACCUUCCUUAGAAGUGGUGUCAUACCUAGUCAGAUAGGAGUUAUCACACCAUAUGAGGGGCAACGGGCAUAUAUUGUGAAUUAUAUGUCCAGGAAUGGUGCCCUUAGACAACAGCUUUACAAGGAAAUUGAGGUUGCUAGUGUUGAUUCCUUUCAAGGCAGAGAGAAGGAUUACAUUAUUUUGUCUUGUGUGAGAAGCAAUGAGCAUCAGGGUAUUGGAUUUCUUAAUGAUCCACGUAGGUUAAAUGUUGCGUUAACUCGGGCUCGUUAUGGCAUUGUCAUCCUUGGGAAUCCCAAGGUUCUAAGCAAACAACCUCUUUGGAAUGGUUUGUUGACUCAUUACAAGGAGCAUGAAUGCCUUGUAGAAGGACCACUGAACAACUUGAAGCAGAGUAUGGUGCAAUUUCAAAAGCCAAAAAAGAUUUAUGGUAGUAGACUCUAUUAUGGGGGUGGCCCUGGGAUUGUUCACAGUGAUAACAUUGGUUAUGUUGGUUCGUCAGUCCCACUUGACAAGAGAGGUGGACGUAGUAAAGGACAUUCUUAUGUUCCAUUUGGUCCACCAAAUGGUAAUCCUAAACCUGGCAUGCACCCAGCUGGCUAUCCAUUGCCUCGUGUUCCUGUACCACCAUUUCCAGGAGGUCCUCAUUCUCAUUCUCAGCCAUAUGCUAUUCCAACUCGUGGUGCUGUUCAUGGACCUGUAGGGGCUAUUCCACAGGUCCCACAGCCUGGCAAUAGGGGUUUUGGGGCUGGUCGUGGUAAUGCUGGUGGUCCUAUUGGGGGUCACCUACCUCAUCAACAAAGUUCCCAGCCCUUGACUGGUAUUGGCUCUGUUUUUAACUUCCCUCCAUUGGACAACCCUAGCAGUCAGCCCUCUAUUGGGGCUCCAGCAUCACAAACUGGAUUAAUGACACAGAUGCCAGUUCAAGGGCUCAGCCAAACAUUUCGUGAUGGACUUUCUAUUGGCAGCAUGUCUCAGGAAUUUCUUGGUGAUGACUUCAAAAGCCAAGGAUCGAACAUCGCUUAUAACAUGGCUGAUUUUUCUACACAGGCUUCUCGGAGUGGAUACGCCCUUGAUUAUGCCACUCAAGGACCUCAGGCUGGAUAUCCCGGAAGCUACAUGAACCAGAAUACUCAACCAGGGUAUUCACAUUUGGGAACUGGUCAUGAUUAUGUUUUCCAGGAGUAUAUGCCUCAUGGAUCACAAGGUCUGUUUACUCAAGCAGGAUUUAAUGAUCCCUCACAAGAUGAAUCUUCUCAGAGCCAUUUUGGAAUAGCUGGACCUGGUUCCCUUCAAUCGCAGGGCCUUCUAAAUCCACUAUAUUCACAGCCUUUCCCUCAUUACAAUGUUCAAACUCAAACACCACAGCCGCCUCCGCAGCAAAAUCAGAGCUCAGCAAACCUGAAACCACACUACAAUGGCUGAGCUUCAGUGGUUUCUAGAGAGUGAUGGGUUACAUUCUUUGCACCCAGCUAAAGUGGCUGUGCUGAGACAUGGUUUUGUUGUUGCUGUGACUGACUCGAUCUUUCCUAGUGGCUACGAUUCUUGCAGUCACAUUUUGAUGGACUAGCUAUAUAUGACGAUAUGAGUGGUACAGAUGGAGAUUGGAUAUGGCAGUUGUUGCCAACUUACACAGCCAGAGCUGAGGAAAGGAUAACCCACAUUUUCUUCGUGAAAGUUAAUGUUAUUGUUUCAGGAGUCCCCAUUUGGAGGUUGCAUCGUCAGCUUAAGAUGGGUUACAGAUUUUCUUGCUCGCAAUGAAAGCCAUGCUAUUGAAUGAGAUCCAUUGUGCAGCGCAAUUUCUAUCUACUACUUGUUGAUGAACGGCCUUCAUUGGUCUUCUGAAGAUCUGUCACCAUUUUAUGAUCUCACAAGUUAAAAAAAGAUUGUGUACAGCAGCAUUUGAAGAUGACCCUCACCUUUCGAUCAAACUCAUGUUUCCUCCUGGUUUGGUGCCUUAUAUCACAAAUAAAACCUAGUGUGAUUUCUGAAUGCAUGUUCAUAUCCUGAAUGCCUGUACUCUAUCAAAGUUUAGUAUGUUGAUUUCUAUGUUUUAUUUUGAUUCA